GUAGGAGUGGCUGAUGGCGGAUGGGGUUGGGGUGGAGCGUUCUUGGAUUUUAACAAUGAUGGUUACCAGGAUAUAGUUAUGACUAAUGGUAGGUUUACAUUAUAUAUGUUCACACCAAACUCAUUUCUGGAUGGCUCUGUAUUAGUUUCAAACACUCUGAAUACAGAGGUCCACUAUAAGGUUCACCUCCAUUUGUACAGUGUUGCUAUUGGAUGAAACACUAACUAAAUAAUUUUGUUUAUACUGGAUAGCUCUAUUAGUUCUAAAUUGUUUUCCCUAGAGGUUCAGUAGGGUUACGUACCCCUUCAAACACUCAUUAAUAAUUCAUAAGCUUAAUGGCAAAUCAUGUCAACCAUAAUAUGUCACGUGCAGUGGCUUUAAACCUGAUAAAACACUCCUAAUUAGUAUUCUUUAUAUAAAGAAUACUAAUAAGGCAGAAUCUAUUGUAGUCGUGUCCUCAUUAGUACUCUUUAUAUAAAGAAUACUAAUAAGGCAGUAUAUCUAUUCAAUUUGUAGUCGUGUUUGAAGCCGUCUAAAGCCACUCGCGCUCGUGACUUUAAACCUAAUAAAACACUCCUGCUCGUUUAUUUAACAGUACUUAAUUAUUGGUCUAUUGCAAGGGUGUCUCCAAAGGGGAAUGGGGGUGAGACAGAGGAGGAAACAGAGAGUCCCCCCUUGAAACUAUGUUUUAUAACAAGUGUGUGUUUGUACAUAGUUUUAUAGUAAGAAAAUUGUAUUCUGCCGCAAAGUAGCCUCAAAAUGCAGGAAAUACCGUUUCAGAGACUCAAAAUUCAAAAAUCCACCAGGCCCAGAUUGAACAGAUUAGACAAACGUUUUGUGUAAAAAUUUAGCCCCCCCCCCCCCGUCAGUGACCUUAUCCACCUCGUCGGAAAAUUCCUGGCGCCAUCACAGGAGUGAUGUUGAGCAGUGUUAAACACAGACAUUUUCAUAGUAAGGCCAUUUUUAUACUAAGCACUAUGAUGGUUAUAUAUUAAUUCAAAUGUGUUUUUUUUACUCAAUAGGAAUAGAUCUCCCGACAACGACAACGGAUGACCAUUUUAACCUCCAACGAAUGCGACUUUGGAAAAAUCUAGGCGCUGGAUUUAAUGGCAAAACCAAAGAGGUCGGUUUAAAAAACUAUCAUGUCCUACAGCGAGUGCGUCGCCCUAUUUAAUUACAUCAAGCUUAUGAUUCAUUACUUAAAUAGAAUACGACAAAGAAUGAAACUAAUGCAAAUUGACAAAUUCUUUCUGCCAGGUUUCGCAAGAACUUGGGAUGAACUCGACAAAGCAAGGAAGAGGUUUACUCAAAUGGGAUUUUGAUGGUAAUUAUCAUAUUAUUCAUUAUGAAACUUAAUUGGCUCAUCAUUAGUCAUUAUAACCCUUUAUGUGACAAUACCCCUGAUGCGCCCUAUUUUAUUAUUUUAUUCUGUCUAAAUUACGAUUUUCCUCAUCAAGUGGAGAGUGCUGCCACACAAAAUAGGUUAAUAUUCUAUUUAGGAAAUUAAUGUUCUAAUUAGUAAUCCUAUAUUGUCAUUACCAAUGUGUAGUUCCUCAUAUUAAUAUAUAUCGUAAAAGGAAAUUAAAGCGUGCAGUUAUAGAAGUAACAGAUUUAAAAACAGAGAUUUACACUGUCGCUUGACUUUGUCUUCGAUUAAACCAGUAAAAUCCUUCACCUGCAGACAAUGUCGUAAAUAGAGAUGAAGCACCAUCGAAUAUUAACAUCCUAUAAACUCAAGAUUCGAGCUACAUAAAACAAACUAACAAAAUUCAAGGUUGUUAUUAGCCUCCUCCGCAGGCAUCUCACCCGACGAUCGGGUGGUGGGAGAAAUUUUUUUUUCAAAACCCAUUCGUAGGCUAGAACCCAUAGAGAGGCCUGCGGAGGAGGCUAGGUUGUUAUCUUGUUUUUAAUAGCUCGAAUCUUGAGUUUCCAAGAUGUUAAUAUUCGGAGGUGUUUCAUCUUAAGCUAGUAAAAUUUGCUUGAUAAAAAGUGUAAGCUACAGAUUAUGUACUAUUUAAAACACGAGUAGGAGUGUUUUAUCAGAUAUAAAACGCGAGGUGCAGCCGAGCGUUUUAUAUCUGAUAAAACACGACAACGAGUGUUUUGAAUAGCUUAAAAUACAACUACAAAAGAAUACUAAUUAGGAUGAACCAUUAUAUAAUCAUGCUAAUUAGGAUGAACAAUUAUAUAAUGCCACAUGUGUUUUAUCAGAUAUAAAGUCACUUCACGUGACAUAUUAUGGCUGACAUGACUUGCCACAAGGUUUAUGAAUUAUUAAUGAGUAUUUUAAAAAUAAUGUAAUUCUAUGAUGUAAUUAUAAUUUGGUAUCUUUAUUAGAUGAUGGAGAUAUGGAUGUUGUUGUUUGCAAUAACGUUGGCCCGGCAGAAAUAUACGAAAAUCUGGGUGGAAACGAAGUUAACUUUUGGAUCAAGGUUAAAGUUAUGCAUAGGUGG